AUGGACCCGAGGGUGGCUUGGAUCCAGCCCGAGCAAAAAGGACCCGCAAACGCUUUAUGGAUGCACAUCUGGGAGACCUCGAACUCGCAGAACCCCCGCAUGAACCUGGCCAUGGCGCCUGGUCUGGUCAAGACGAACUCCUCAAGCUGCAUGAGCAUCAGCCCUCAUCCCAUCCAGGUAUCUGCCAGAUUUCCUCCUUCCCCGUUUGCUCCAUGCAACCUGCCUGUCCUGGCUAACCCUGCCACUGGACCUGCCAAGCCUGGUGCUUCUCCCAAAAAUGGCUCCCUGUCUCCAUCUUCCCCGGUGGACUCGGAUACGGACAGUCCCAAAUCGGACACCUGUAACAGUACAAGCUCCCAGCACCCCCAUCCCAGCAGAUUUUAUUUAAGCUUCACUGAGCAGCUGCACAACCUCAAUAACUAUCUGCAUCAGCAGCAGCAGCAUUUGCAUCUUCAGGCUCAUCUACCUCAUCACCAUCAUAACCAACGACACCAGUCCCAACACAUUCCCCCAGUUCCUAUAGAUCACCAUCAUCCAGCUAGGAAGAAGAAUGAAAACAAGGCCAGUACAUAUGGCAUCAACUACCUUCUGUCCAACUCUAAUGGUAACCACUUCUGUGCUGGGACGCCUUGGAGGACCAGGAGAUACAGUCCAGGCAUUAAUGGCCUCCAUGAAGAAAUAGUGGACUUCUACGCCUUCAUGUCACCCCGGCCCGAGGAGGAGGCUAUGAGGAGAAAUGUGGUAAACCGUAUUGAGAGCGUGAUCAAGAAUCUGUGGCCAGCAGCUAACGUCCAAAUAUUUGGCAGCUUUAGUACAGGACUGUAUCUCCCAACCAGCGACAUUGACCUGGUGGUGUUUGGGAAAUGGGAACAUCCUCCCCUUCAACAGCUCGAGCAGGUUCUGAGACAGCAGAACCUGGCUGAACCUUUCUCCAUUAAAAUACUGGACAAAGCAACGGUUCCUAUAAUUAAGCUGACUGACCGAGAGACGGGGGUGAAGGUGGACAUCAGUUUUAAUGUUGAGACCGGUGUCAAAGCGGCACGCUUCAUCAAAGACCACUUGAAGAAGUACUCAGUGCUGCCGUACCUGAUCUUUGUAUUAAAGCAAUUCCUGUUACAAAGGGAUCUUAACGAGGUUUUUACCGGAGGCAUCAGCUCCUACUGCCUUAUUUUAAUGGCCAUCAGCUUUCUGCAGCUCCACCCCCGGAUCGACUGCAGAGCCACCAAUAUUAACCUGGGUAUUCUGCUAAUCGAGUUCUUUGAGCUGUAUGGACGUCACUUUAACUUUCUGAAGACGGGUAUCCGGGUAAAGAAUGGAGGAGCGUACCUGGCCAAGGAGGAAAUGAUGAAGGCAUUAGGCAGUGGAUACAGACCUUCUACGUUGUGUAUCGAGGAUCCAAACCUGCCUGGUAACGACGUGGGUCGCAGUUCGUAUGGAGCGCUGCAGGUGAAGCAGGUAUUCGACUACGCCUACAUUGUGCUGAGUCAUGCCGUCUCCCCACUCGCCCGCUCCUAUCCCAACAAGGACAUGGAAAGCACACUUGGUCGGAUUAUCAAAGUCACCAAGGAAGUGAUUAAAUACAGAGAAUUGAUCAUCCAGAAAUGGGGGGAACGAUAUAACAGCGGAAUCAACCACUACAUCAACCAGUUUGAGGGCGACGCCGAGGAACAACAAAGAGACUCCACGUCUCCGCAGAGUGCCGAUUCCCUUAUAUCCCUGUCCAGUCCUCAACAGCUCUCCUCAUCCUCGUCGUCCUCAUCCUCGUCUGUUUCCUCUCUUUCAGGAAGCGACAUUGAUUCUGACUCUGUUCCAUGUGGAAACAAGGCCCCGCUUCAAAUUGUCCCCACAUGCCCUGCUUCAAGUGCUCAACAGAGGCCACACAAUGGACCAUCUGAAACGGCAUCCCCCAGCGGGCAGGUGAGAAAACCUCUUCCAUUAAACGUGGCACUUCCCCCACCAGUACCAGGCAGGACGCUUUGUAUAGACGGGUGCUUGCCACUGAGUGGUGGCUACCGGCUGCCCUCACCCAUCUACCUCAGCACUCUCCCAGUCCCCCAGCACCACACCAAGUUCCAUAACGGUCAAAGGUUUGGGCCGAAGGAACCCGGCACCUUAGAACCUGGUACUGUGCCAGCACCUCGGCCCCACCCGCCACAGCACAAUCGAAAUACCUGGCGUCGCAGAAGGAGGGAAACGGCGCCUUCUAGCCUCGGCAGAUAGAACUGCUGUAAGUGAAAGGUAGCACUUCUGUGGUGGCUGCCACCACUCUAACGCACACUCUGAACUGCGGCUCUGUGUCGUCCGUGACUGCCUUUACUG